AUAAACUGCAUCGUAUUGUUAAAAUCAACUAACAGCAAGAUUGUGUGCAAAAAGAAGGAGAUGGAAAUGCUUAAACCGACUUUGAAGAACGAAAGUUAUAGCGACGGUUGCAAAAAAGAUUUUUGCGACGUCACUGGCGAGAUGAUGAAGCAGGGACAAAUUUGUAGAAUCUGCCAAGAAGCCGAUGGUUCACUGAUUACACCUUGUCGUUGCAAAGGUACAAUCGGUUUCGUGCACGAAGCUUGCCUUGUUCAGUGGUUGUCAAAAUCGGGAAAGUCAAUGUGUGAAAUAUGUCAUACAAGCUACGUGUUGCGUGUAAAGAACUCAGAAAAUAUAAGGUGGAAAAAAUUAUGUCUUACACGUCACGACUUGGCGAUGAUUGCAGUCAACUUCGUGUGUAUUUUAUUCCUUAUUUCAACAACUUCAUGGUUGGUUUGGUCUGCUGUAAGUUCAGAGACCAGACGACAACGAAAUAGCGACCUGUUUCGAGCAUGCUACGCUUUGUAUGGAUUCAUGGAUAUGUUUUGUUUAGGUAUUCUUCUUCAUGAAAUCCCACACAUGCGUUUAAUGUAUCGUCGAUACAAACUUAUGCAGUACGAAUUGCGUGUGAUGCCCCAAUCGCCAGCUACUGUAAUAACAGUUUGUCAUCAAGAGAAUCUGGAUAAUGUACAAAUUAACCUUCCUGUAGAAUUGUAGACAUUUAAACAGACAUCGCACUUCUCGCUAAAUAACUUUCCCUGUUUUUUUUUACGACACAUCACCGAUGUGAAUUGUAAAUGUUGCUUGAGCGACGUCAACAUAAUAUUGCACAUAAACGGCGUGUUGGUUUCAAGUUUGAAAAAGUCUGGUGUGCAACGAGGUUCUAAGUCAGUCUGAUAUGCA